CAGAAAUAUCACUGACGUGUCCACGGAGCGGAGUCUACUUCAAGGGUUUAUGAUUAUUCUCGAUUUGUACAAGUACAUUAGUUGGAAAACAACAGCGUUUAACGAAUUGUGUCUUAUUACGGUGUAUUUGUAAAGCAACGAAAUUAUGGCAGCAGUAUUGAACACAUUUGUGAACUCUUUCACUAAGAAAUUGGAACCCCCAGUUAGGCAACACUUGAAAAAUGUCUAUGGAUGUCUGUCCAUGUCAAUGCUAUCAGCUGCUGCAGGAGUUUACAUUCACAUGUUCUCAGAGCUCUUACGGGCCAAUUUAUUAACGACCGUUGGUACAUUGGGUCUGCUUUUUACUUUAAUUAAUACACCAGACAAUGGAAAAAAUCAAAAGUUACGACUUAGCUAUCUCCUGGGAUUUGCAUUCUUUUCUGGGCUUGGUCUGGGGCCUUUACUUCAAUUGGUUAUGAGUGUCAAUCCAACUGUUAUAGUAACUGCACUGAUUGGAACAAUUGUUAUAUUUGUAUCAUUCAGUAUUUCCUCCCUUUUGGCUGAAAGAGGACGUUGGUUAUAUCUUGGUGGUACCUUAAUUAGCUUGCUGAAUAUUAUGGUUUUGUUUUCAUUUGUCAAUCUAUUUUUACGUUGGGCCAUUUUCUACCAAGCCUAUUUAUAUAUUGGACUGUUUUUAAUGUGUGGUUUUGUUAUUUAUGAUACACAAUUGAUUAUUGAAAAAUACCACAUGGGUAGCAAAGAUUUCAUUCUACAUUCUCUAGAUCUAUUUGUAGAUUUCAUCAACAUUUUCCGUCACCUCCUCAUAAUCCUUACACAGAAGGAAAUAUUAAAAGAUCAACGUAAACGCAAAGAUUAAAUGAGAGCAAAGGAAGCUGUAAGAUAUCAUACCAUUCAAGUAAAUCCAUGAACUAGACGUCUUCAUCCUAUCUAUCCAUAUAUAAAACGUAUAUUUACUAUGAUAAUAUGAAUUGAAAUAAUACAGCUUAUUCAUUACAUCGGAAAAUUUUUAGGCAUACGUUCGCCAUAAAAACGCAAUGUAUUUGUUUAAAAUUACUUAGUUAUCAUUUCUUUUUUCAAUUAUUUAUUAGAUUUAUAUACAUGUAUACAUAAAUAGACAUAAAUUUAUUGUACUAUA